GCCUUUCUUCAGAGCCAGCCGCAGGUUGAGGGCAACCGAUCCUUCAACUUUAUCAUCUCUAGCGAUCCGGCGGCUUCAGUGGCAGAUGCCGCCGCCGGUGCAGUUAUCCCUUUGUCGGCGCACGACAUCCACACUUCUCCCUCCGGAGCUCUGCCUCGCCAUGUGCGCUGCGAUCGAGAGGCUACCGCCCCGUGGAGCAUUUUCUCGCGCCGGACCUCGCACGAGCCGAAGAAGGCAAAAAUUAGCGUUACCGGCCGACGGAUGAACCCCCUCCCACUGCGUGCACCCGCCACGCUGGAGGACUACUGCCAGGCCGAGGAGCGAUCCGAGUCACCUUCCACAGCGGCGCCGUCUUCAGAAGUCUCAGGAGCUGCACGAGACGGUCUCCGAGACGGGAAGGACCGCCCGAAGGCAACACCAGCUCCACGGGGCCUAGCUCAAAACAGGCGGAAUUCGCGACCUCGGUCCGGCAGCAACAAGGUCAAGCGAGGUGGCAGCCGGGAGAACCUGUUGAGCUUGACUGCGGAUGUCGGUAGACGACCCCGGUCUGGCAGCUGCAACAAGGUCAAGCGUUGCGGCAGCCGGGAGAAUUUCUCGGCCUCUGUCACG